GUUUACUUUAGAAUUAUUCUUCGUAGAAAAAUUAUUGUUAUUCUUAAAACUUUGUGAGAGAGGGCGAAUAGGAGUUGUCCUCCCCUUCCGCUUCUUCCUCCUCCUCGAAUCGCUCUUCUUCUCCAGGCGUUGCUUCAGGGGAUCCUUCGGAAGUCGAAUCGAUGGUGUUAUUCCGGAGUGUGGCGGCGCUCUCGAAGCUCCGGUCUCGUCUGGCACAGCAGUCGAGCUCGUUGGGUUCCAUACGAUGGUUGCAAGUACAGAGCGCCUCGGAUCUUGAUCUUCAUUCUCAGCUGAAAGAAUUGAUACCAGAGCAGCAGGAACGUUUGAAGAAGUUGAAAUCAGAUCAUGGGAAAGUUCAACUUGGAAAUAUAACAGCUGAUAUGGUUAUUGGUGGAAUGAGAGGAAUGACAGGACUGCUAUGGGAAACCUCAUUACUUGAUCCAGAUGAGGGAAUAAGAUUUAGAGGUCUUUCAAUCCCUGAAUGUCAAAAGUUACUGCCUAGUGCAAAAGCUGGUGGGGAACCAUUGCCUGAGGGUCUUCUAUGGCUUCUUUUGACAGGAAAGGUGCCUAACAAAGAACAAGCUGAUGGACUAUCUGCAGAAUUAUGUAAUCGUGCAAAAAUUCCAGAUCAUGUAUUUAAGGCAAUUGAUGCUCUUCCUGUAGCUGCUCAUCCGAUGACUCAGUUUGCAACUGGAGUUAUGGCACUUCAGGUUGAUAGUGAAUUUCAAAAGGCAUAUGAGAAAGGGAUGCCCAAAGCCAAGUUUUGGGAGCCAACAUAUGAAGAUUCAAUGAACUUGAUUGCUCGCCUUCCAACAGUUGCUUCAUAUGUUUAUAGAAGAAUUUACAAGGAUGGCGGAAUCAUACCUCCAGACAAUUCUCUGGAUUAUGCUGCUAAUUUUUCUCACAUGCUUGGUUUUGAUGAUCCCAAAAUGCUUGAGUUGAUGAGACUUUAUGUAACAAUCCACAGUGAUCACGAGGGUGGGAAUGUUAGUGCUCACACUGCUCAUCUGGUGGGUAGUGCUCUUUCCGAUCCCUACCUAUCAUUUGCAGCUGCAUUGAAUGGUUUAGCCGGACCUCUUCAUGGCUUAGCCAAUCAGGAAGUUCUUCUAUGGAUUGAAUCUCUUGUAAAAGAGGUUGGAGAGGAUAUUACAACAGAUCAAUUGAAGGACUAUGUUUGGAAAACCUUGAAAAGUGGCAAGGUUGUUCCGGGAUAUGGCCAUGGAGUGUUACGAAAGACAGAUCCAAGAUAUACUUGCCAAAGAGAAUUUGCUCUGAAGCAUUUGCCAGAUGAUCCACUUUUUAAGCUGGUUUCGAAAUUGUAUGAAGUUGUUCCUCCUAUACUCACUGAGCUAGGCAAGGUCAAGAAUCCAUGGCCCAAUGUUGAUGCUCAUAGCGGAGUCCUACUGAAGUAUUUUGGUUUAUCAGAAGCACGGUAUUUCACUGUUUUAUUUGGUGUAUCAAGAAGCAUCGGCAUAGGCUCUCAGCUUAUAUGGGAUCGAGCCCUCGGAUUACCACUCGAGAGGCCAAAGAGUGUGACCAUGGACUGGCUCGAAAGCUACUGCAAGAAAGCGGCCUGAGUUCCUUCUCACAUCGCGUCAGGUCGAAAAUGGCUUCUUUUUAAAAUAAAUGCUCAGAGCAUAGUUUUGUUUAGUUGCAUUGUUCCGACAAGCAUCGUUUCUGAAUUUAUGGUGAUUAAUUUACCUGGUAACCUACUCAUUCAAUCGACGGGAUUGUUGGAACAAUGAGUACCUGAGCUACUUUUAUCAUUUUGGUUUUACUUCUAACACUAUUUAUGCAUCAUUUCUUGUAAUAAGCAUCACACUUGUGAUCCAAUGCCAAAAUGUGCUCAUUUUUACA